AUGACAGCCAACACAGCAAACGACGUCCACGCACCAACGGCUCUCAACUGGUCUCUUCGCCCAACCAACCCCCAACGCCUUGCCGCUCCCAGCCUCUCGGGACUGGAUCCAGGAUGGCUACAACGGACUCUAGGCACCAGCAAAAGUGAAUUCGAAUUUGACACUGCCGUGCCCUGUUAUACCGGAGGACCCUGCGUUGCAGUGCGUAUACGUAGGGCUGAGGUUGUUGGUUGUUGGACAGAUGACAACCGUUCGAGCCAGAGAACAUUCUGCUCACAGAAGAGGUUCAAGUACCGUCCUAUCCUUGUCCUGCUUUCCAGACACAGCGCAGCACCACCUGCAGACAGCAUCAGCAACAAAAGUUUAGAACCAAAGAAAUACCCCUUGCUGGGUCAACAGAUUCUCCAGGCGACCGUCGCGAACGGCAAAACAGACCCCAGCAAAUUGACGAGGCAUAUUCUGCUCAUUCCCCUCUCUUUCUCCAAGAAUCUCGGAACUGUGCAGGGCCGUGGUCGACUGAAGGAGCUUGCAGGCCAAGCAAUCUGCAAGCUUCCGCCCAUGGCAGAGGAAUGA